AUGAAACUGUUGAUUGUGAACCCUAACAGUAGCAGACACAUUACAGAGGCUAUACAAGAGCACUUGUCUGAGGAUGUAUUAGCGCUAUUUGAGUCAGUGACUUUUUUCACCGGACCUCAUGAAUCACCUGCGCAGAUAAGUGGGACCAAAACCAGCGUGCAGUCGUGCAAGGCGUGCUUGCCGCUGUUGUUGAAGCGGGUGCCGCUCGAUGGUGGUUCAGCGGGGAGUUCCCAAGACGGUUCUGGCGAGGUGUUUUACUUUGAAAGCUUUGACGCUGUCGUUGUGGCAUGUUUCUCAGACCAUCCGCUUGUUCAUGAGCUUACAAAACGGACAGAACAAAGCACGCCCGUGGUGAGUAUUUUAGAAGGCGCUUUGAACUAUGCUGUGUCGCUCGGGAAGCCUUUUAGUAUCAUCACAUCCAACGAAGAAUGGGUGCAGAUCUUAAACCUCAGUGUUCCUAGGGUACUGAAAGGGUAUGCUGGGCACAGGCUGUGGCGUGGUACGGUCACAUCAGGGUUGGACGUGCUGCAGUUGCAUGAUACCAGGAACUUGAGACGGAUAGCCGAUGUGAUGAGACGUGAGAACAUUGAACGACUUAAAUCAACGGUUGUAAUUUUAGGAUGUGCGGGUUUCAGCGGGCUGGAACCUGCGCUAUUGAGCCACAUAUCACCUCCGCCAUCAGAGCGUACCAUUAUAUUGCUGGACAGUAUUGUGGCGACCUUGAAGUACGUCUCUGCCAGAUAUGAUAAGGCUUCUUUAUGUGCGCAGACGCGCUAG